AUCGUCUGCUAGAAAUAGCCUAUUGAAACUAAGCUUACAAUAUACUAGAUCUAGAUCUAUUGAUUAUCUAUGUUAUAGAUCUAGUUAUAGACUACUGUAGAAAAUAGAUGUAUCGUCUAGUCUAGGAUCUGACUAUAUUGGCUAUAUUUAAUAGCUGGUAGAUUCUAAAUAGACUAAAUUUAGUACAUAUCUAGACUAGAUCUAGGACUAGAAUCGAUCACAGAUCAGCGGUUCUCAACCUUUUUUUUUUUUAGCUCAGCGACCCCCUCAUACAAUUUAAUUUUGCAGUCAAGGCGACCCCCAGCCAUCAAAAAAUUGUUGUCAUAGGUGUAGUGACUGAGUCUUAUCAUUUAUGAUGGCUACAUCUCAGCUUCAUAGAAAUCAAGGAAAAACGUGGGAGUCAAUAUUUCCUAAUGAGCAAGUAACAGAACAGAAGUCUGCUUUGUUUGUGAAGAAACUCUUAGCUGUAGCUAUAUCAAAUAUUACUUAUUUAAGAGCUAUUUUCCCAGAGCAUGCUUAUGGAGAUAAAUCAUUAGAAGAUCUGAACUUAAAAAUACUGAGAGAUGAAAGUUCUUGUCCUGGGGCAUGUCAAGUUAUAAAAUGGGUUAAAGGCUGCUUUGAUGCUUUGGACAAAAAAUAUUUAAAAACACUGAUUAUUGGGAUCUACAUUGAUCCCAAUGAUCCAGAGAGCGUUAUAGAAUCUUACACAUUCAAAUUUAGUUACAACAACCAUGGAGAAAUAGAUAUUUACAGAAAUGACAAAAAAGUAUCAAGUGCCUAUUCAUCAGAAGAGACAAAAAAAGCAACUAUACGUCUUCUAAGAACACUAAUCAUACUCACCAACACACUGACCUCUUUACCAGAUAAUGUUAUGAUGACUAUGAAGCUGUUUUAUUAUGAUGAAGUUACCCCUGCUGACUAUGAGCCACCUGGCUUUAGACCAGCAAAUGAUUCUGCUUUUCACUUUGCUGAAGAAGCAACAAAUAUAGCAAUAGGAGAAGUAGUUACACCUUUUCAUAUGGUAAAACUGCGAAUUAAGACAGGAAGCAAACAAUUUGAAUUUGAAGAGGAGUCAGUUGAAGUUAUGGAACAUUCCGAUCAAGUAAUGUCAAUUAGUAAUGCUGGAUUAGAUAAUGAGAGUAACAUGUUGCAAGAAAUCACAUCAGAAAAAGCAAAGAGUGUUUCAGCCCUCAACAGUGAAUUGAAAGGAGACAAAAAACUGAGCCCAACACAGCCAGACUCCAAAAAAAGUCCUGGGAAACCUAAACCUGAUGAAGAAAAUUUUCUUGUAAGAUGCCCUUGUGGAUGUAAUGAGGAUGAUGGUUUAAUGGUAAUGUGCUCUUGCUGUAAAUUCUGGCAACAUGGAAUCUGUUUCCUAAUCAAAUCUGAAGAUAAAGCACCUACGGAUCAUAUUUGUGAUGUUUGUGCUAAGCCAGGAAAUGCUAAACUUGAGCCAACAGACUCUUAUCUCUCUAGCAUCUGUACAGUUGAAAGACAGGGAACAUGCUUAUGGAGAAGAACUUUGUCUGCUUGUUUGGAGUACAAGCGCAUAAUAGCCCCCCAAUUAUCAAGACGGCUUGGUAUUGACAAUAAUGUAGCCCAGGGACUCAUAAAUAGACUUGAAAAAGAAAAAUUUCUAAUAGCUUCUAGUACCAGUAAAAGAUUAGGCAAAACUAUUGAUCAUGAAAGAAUAACAAAUGAUGGUAUUCCACGUUAUCUAAGUACUCCAAAUUCUGUCAAAAGCAAUACAUUGCAGUUGCCAGAAGCCAAAGAUAAUGCUAUGGACAUAGGACCUGUCAACACUGUUAGUUCAGGAAAACCUACUGCUGCAGAUAAAGAUAUUACAACACUGUCUUUAAAAACAAGCAAUCUUAAUCUACAAAAUUCGAAACGAGUAACACGAAGUAGCAGUUCUGAGACUGAAAAGAAUACAUUUCCACUUCCGGAAUCGACAGUGAAAAGGGGAAGAAAGAGAGCCUAUUCAAAGAUAAAUUCUAAUGAAUUUGACAUUUGUGAAAGUCAGGAGAACCAAUGCCCUGUGUCUAAAAAAAAGGCUAGUACUGUCACAAAGGAUAUUGCAGUGUGAAAACUGUUUUUUUCCAAGGACUUCUUCAUAGUAGCCAACAAUGGAAUUAUCUUUUGUUUUUUUUAUUCAGCAAGCCUAAAUCAGUUAAGAAGUAACAUUUAAUGUAUUGUUGUUGUUUUUUAAUAUGGAUAUUUAAUUUUGUGUUUCAAAAUAUGAAAUAGUUUAAACUCAUUUAAUGUACAUUCCCUGAAGUUUAUUGCUUUGUUUUGAGCCAAAAAAAUAUUCCACAGAAAGAUUGUAUUUCAUUUUAUAAAAUAAACUGUGAUAAA